CAAAAACCUCCUAAAAUGAAGGCGAAAGGAGAGUUGAAGGAAUACGAGGUGAUUGGCCGCAAGCUCCCAUCGGAGAGCGAGCCCAAGCCGCCUCUUUACAAAAUGAGGAUCUUCUCCCCUGAUCCUAUUGUCGCCAAGUCCCGCUUUUGGUAUUUCCUGCGGCAACUUAAGAAGUUCAAGAAGACCACUGGUGAAAUUGUUUCUAUCAAGGAAAUCCCUGAGAAGAGCCCAGUGAAGAUUAAGAACUUUGGCAUCUGGUUGCGCUAUGAGUCUCGGUCUGGCGUCCAUAAUAUGUACCGUGAAUAUCGCGACCUCAGCGUGGGUGGCGCCGUCACGCAAUGUUACAGGGACAUGGGUGCUAGGCAUAGAGCACGUGCCCACUCAAUUCAGAUCAUCAAAGUGGAGGUAAUCAAGGCAGCGGCAUGCCGCCGGCCACAGGUUAAACAAUUCCACAACAGCACCAUCAGAUUCCCGCUGCCCAAACGUGUGCAUCACUACAAGAAGCUUAACACCUUUGCAUUCAAGCGACCAAGCACAUAUUUCUUGUAAUUUUAUUAUACGCCACUAUUAUAAUAAAAUCCAUGUAAUGUGGGAAGU